UAAUUGACAUGUCAAAAUAUUUUGGUUCGCUGGUUUCUGCGCGGUGUUUUUUAAAACGAUUUUAUUCCAAUUUUGCAAGAAUUAUUUCCUUUCUAUCGUAAAUAAAUGAGCUUUCUUUUCAAAUAAUAAUUGUUGAAUUCCUUGAGUGAAAGAAUCGCAAUAUUUUGUUUGUUGUUUCCAACAUUUCAGUGAAUAAAAAUAGGUGUGUUCAACUUCAACAGAUAUUCAAAAAAUGGAUCCGGACAUUAUUAAAUGUUUCGAAUCCUCAUCCUCAUCUUCGUCAACAUCCGAUGAUGAAGAUAUCCUAUUUCUACUUGGUACGGACACUGAAUUUUUUAAACAUUACAACAUUUCUUUGAAUGAUGACGAACACUCGGAAAUUAAUUACAUUGAAGAUGUUGUUGUAAAUUUUACAGACGAUGAGUUCCUUCAACAUUUUAGAGUUUCGCGAAAAACGGCAAAAGGAAUUACUCAGAAGUUUGCCGCUUCUAGGCACUUCAAGAAAAGAUCGAAAAGCUCAAGAAAAAAACCAAUUAGUGCUCAGCUUCAUUGUUUAUCGUUUUUAUGGUAUGCUGGAAACAAAAAAUCCUACAGAGAAGUCUCAAAUCUCUUCAAAAUGUCACCAUCAACAGCAUAUAGAUGUCAGACGGCAUUUUUGGAGUUUUUGGUUGACAUUUCAUCUCAAUAUAUAAAAAUGCCUUCAACAAAUGUUGAAAAAAGUAAAAAUUGUCGAGGCUUUACAAAGGUCGCAGGGCUAGAUUAUGUUUUAGGAUGUAUUGACGAAUGUAAGAUACAACUCCGAACUCAAACACAUCCUUCAAUAUUACUUAACCGUCAAGGACCAUCUUCAAUAACAUUGCAAGCUAUAUGCGAUGCUGAUACAAGAUUUUUAAAUGUUUUCGUUGAAACUACUGGCAAGACUCAUGAGUCUGGUAUUUUCAAAACUUCGUAUAUGGUAAAAGAUUUUCCAAAAGUUUGUGGGAGUAGGUAUCACAUUCUAGGCUAUGCUGGAUACCCAUUAAGGGAGUAUUUACUAACUCCAUAUCCGGAUAAUGCCGAUUUAACGCCAAAACAAAAAAUAUUUAACAAAAAGCAUUGCCAGACAAUGGUGAAAAUUGACAAUUGUUUUCAACUGCUAAAGCAGAGGUUCAGGCAGUUAACGGGGUUGGACUGUUUUCCUAGCAUGCGUAUAUCUAAAUUUGUGCUGGCAUGCUGUGUACUGCAUAAUUUAUGUAUUGAAGAAGGUGAUCUAUGGGUGGAUAUCUACGAUUCUUAUAAUGAUACUGAUCCAGAAGAAGAGAUACUAAAAAAUAUAAUAGUUGUUGCAGAAGAAACGGACGAAGAAGUUACUGAAAGAAAAGAAGAGAGUACGUUAGAAAAUAUAUUGCUCCACAAAGGACACGUCAAAAGAAAUGCCAUUGCAGAAUCAAUAUAAAUAAAAUUUUUAAAAUAAGUUCAAAUAAAGUUAAUUAAUGCAAAAA